AUGGACAAGUUACGGAAUACGGAUCGGAUGGCGACGAUGGGAGCGGCAAAUCCGUUUGCCAGAACUGGGUUGGCGAGGACACCACCAUCGCAAACCCAGCAGGUGCAAAAGCUACAAGGGCAAGAGAAGGAGCACCAACAGAUGCAGCAGCAGCAAUACAGCGCAUGGUCGAGAGUACCAAAACUACCAAGGGUAGAAGUAGCCAAAAAGCUGGUAGACGAGCUGCACGAAUACGUCGACAAACGAAGCAACGUGCACAAGGACAUCAAAGCGUUGGUGAUUAAGAUCCAAGGGGCCCUUGGAUCGGCAGUUAAAGAGUGGAAGAGUAUGGCACAGAGAGCCGAAGAUGCAGAGAAGGAGCUCUUGGCAGCCAAGACUGCCAGUGAAGCAAGCCGAACGUCGGAAGCGAGAAGGCAGAUCACUAACAAAACUGCGGAGAAAAAUAGCGUGGUGGAAAGCAUCUCCCAGAGGAUGCAAACUACACCCUUUUUCACGCCGAAGAGACCAAGGGCAUCGCCAGGAGAAGUGAGACCCGGUGGCUCCAAGAAACAUAAGGACGCCCCCGUUACUGGUGCACGCCAUCCAGUAGAGAAUGUCGUCGCAGACGGCCAUACCCCGUGGCAGGUCGUCGGCAAAAGAAAAGCGAAGUCGGCCGGUAAAAGCAGGUCCGACAAACGGAAGCUCAUAAAGAGAAAAAAUAAAGGUGACGCUCUCAUCGUCAAAACAAGUGACGACUCGUACGCGGAAGUUCUGCGCACCAUGCGGACUAAUCCGGACCUUAGGGAGCUAGGGGAAGAUGUGAAGAAAAUUAGGCGCACCCGCAAUGGGGAAAUGAUCCUCGAGUUAAGAAGGGAUCCAAAAGGAAGCAGCUCCUCCUACAAAGAGCUUACCGAGAAAGCUAUGGGCGAUAAGGUCGAAGUCAGAGCCCUAUGUCCGGAAGCAACCCUCCUAUGCAAAGACUUGGACGAGGUCACAUCGGAGCAGGAAGUUGAAGUAGCUAUGAAGGAGCAGUGCGAGCUAGGAGAAGCCAGGAUGACCAUCCGUGUAAGAAACGGACCUUCUGGCACGAAGGUGGCAUCGAUCAAACUACCGAUCGAUGCAGCCAAUAAGGCACUAAGAGUUGGCAAGAUCAAAAUAGGCUGGUGUGUGUGCCCCCUGAGUAUCUCUCAGCAACCGGAAGUGUGUUUCAAAUGCCUAGAGUACGGCCAUCUGGCAAGAGAUUGCAAAGGGCCUGACAGAAGCAAACUAUGCAGAAGGUGUGGUGAGGAAGGCCACAAAGCUCACGAUUGCAGGAAGUCCCCGAAGUGCCUCAUCUGCGCAAACACAGAGAACAGCAAUCAUCCGACAGGUGGCCGAAGAUGCCCGGCCUUCAAGCAACUUUUGCUGCGACAAGCCGUUGUGGAGCAAAACUGCGAUGUUGCUAUUAUUUCGGAGCCAUACCGAAUCCCCCCCGAAGAUGGAAACUGGACAGCAGAUAGGGCGAAAACAGUAGCAGUCUGGACAGCGGGAAGAUAUCCCGUGCAAGAAGUGGUGUACUGCGCAGAUGAAGGUUUUGUGGUUGUGAAAAUCAACGGAAUUUUUAUAUGUAGCUGCUAUGCCCCACCAAGAUGGACGAUAGAGCAGUUUAACCAAAUGCUGGACAGGAUAACCGAGGAGCUAAUCGGUCGAAGACCAGUCGUCAUUGCCGGCGAUUUUAACGCUUGGGCGGUCGAAUGGGGUAGCCGUCUCACAACCCCAAGAGGAAGUAGUCUACUGGAGGCCCUAGCUAAGCUAAACAUAGACAUCGCCAACGAAGGUAGCACCAGUACGUAUCGUAGGGAAGGUAGAGAGUCUAUCGUCGACGUCACCUUUUGCAGUCCUGUUCUGAUGGGAGCGAUAAAUUGGAGAGUAUGUGAGGAAUACACCCACAGCGACCAUCAAGCCAUCCGGUACCAUAUUGGAGGCAGGGCUCGGCUGGAGUCACGUGGGACACAAACGAAUGAGCGGAGGUGGAGGACAGCGAACUUCGAAAAGGACGUGUUUGUGGAGGCGCUAAGGCUGGAGAGCAAUUCACUGAACCUCAGUGCAGACGAGCUGGUAGCGGUACUAUCCCGCGCGUGCGACGCUACAAUGCCAAGGAUGGGAAAACCAAGAAACAGUCGACACCCCGUCUACUGGUGGAACCCAACGAUUGCUGAUCUGCGAGCACAGUGCUUACGAGCUAGAAGAAGGAUGCAGAGGGCUAGAAAUGACGGUGAUAGGGAGCAACGUAGGUUACCUUACAGAGCAGCAAGAGCCGCAUUGAACAAAGCGAUCAAGCUCAGCAAGAAAGCCUGUCUUGACAAUCUCUGUCAUAAGGCCAACUUGAAUCCAUGGGGUAGUGCGUACAAAGUAGCAAUGUCGAAGAUAAAAGGUCCUGCGGUACCACCCGACAGAUGCUCGGAAAAGAUGAAAGUUAUCAUCGAGGCACUGUUUCCGAUUCACGAGCCGACAAUCUGGCCGCCCACACCGUACGUCAAUCAGGAUACCCACGAUGAAGAAAUCAGGGUGACUAACGAAGAGCUGAUCGCGGUAGCGAAAGUCUUGCCAAUCGAGAGAGCCCCUGGCCCGGACGGGAUACCAAACGUGGCCCUAAAAGCAGCAAUCUACGAAAACCCGGAUAUGUUCAGGAGCACAAUACAACAUUGCAUUCAGGAGGGCAGUUUUCCUGACAUCUGGAAACGACAGAAAUUGGUGCUACUGCCAAAGCCUGGGAAACUUCCCGGCGACCCAUCAGCGUAUAGGCCGAUAUGCCUAUUGGAUACCGUUGGUAAAUUGUUGGAGAGAGUGGUCCUAAACAGGCUCACGAAAUACACUGAGAGUGAGAGCGGUCUAUCAGAAUUGCAGUUCGGAUUCCGGAAAGGCAGGAGCACUGUAGAUGCCAUCAGAACGGUUGUGGAUGCUAUGCAGACGGCGCAGAAGCAACAGAGAAGGGGAAACCGUUACUGCGCGGUGGUCACCCUAGACGUCAAAAAUGCUUUCAACAGUGCCAGCUGGGCAGCAAUUGCCGAUUCGCUGCACAGGCUGAGGGUACCUGAGUAUCUAUGCCAGAUUCUGAAAAGAUAUUUCCAGAACCGCAGAUUGAUCUACGAAACAGACGCCGGAAAGAGGAGUGUGGCUAUUACGGCGGGCGUUCCACAGGGAUCCAUUCUGGGCCCGACUCUCUGGAACGUCAUGUACGAUGAGGUUUUGAAACUGAGCCUUCCCAGAGGAGUAAAGGUCGUCGGAUUUGCGGAUGAUGUGGCGCUGCUUGUGAUCGGAGAAACACGAGAGGAAGUAGAAGUACUGGCCACGGAGGCGAUAGACACGGUGGAAGACUGGAUGCGGGAGAAGAAGCUAUCUCUAGCUCACCACAAGACUGAGAUAGUUGUCAUCAGCAACCGGAAGAAUGUGCAGCAUGCAACAAUUGUGGUUGGCGAGUGUACUAUCGACUCGAAGCGCGAAGUCAGGCACUUGGGAGUGAUGCUAGACGACCGACUGAACUUCAACAACCACGUUGACUACGUCUGCAAGAAGGCCACGGUAGUGAUCUCGGCACUAUCCCGGAUCAUGCCUAACAACUCUGCGAUCAUCAGCAGCAAGCGGAGACUACUAGCGAGCGUAUCAUCAUCCAUCGUCAGAUACGCAGCCCCAGUGUGGUCGUCGGCAUUAAAGACUGGAAGAAACCGCGCCCAGCUGAACCGUACGUCCAGGCUGAUGGCGAUGCGAGUGUCGAUGGUACUGUUCGCGCCCAUCGGGCGCUCCGGUGGCGAAAGUGACCCACUUUCCCAUAAACGCUUUGGUGCCCCACUUUCCCCUACGAGAUCGAACAGCGUCACUCGAGCUCCCACAAAAGUAAACACGGCGGCGACAACGAUCCCAGUGCGGGACCACUCACCACCGACGAUGAUGAUUGAUGAUGACAGCUGCGAGCGCGCGAGCCUCAUCGCGGCGGCACCCAGUUGGAAGAACAUGUGCAGGCCGCUCAGGCACCAUCCCAUCGGAGGGUUUCCGUCGAUCGACGAGUCGGUCGGCCCCAGCGAAGUUUCCUACUGGUCAACGAGGCGACCAGUCGUAGGAUCCGUACCAGUAAACGAGAGGAUCGUUGCAAACGGUGACAUCCUUGCCGCUGGCGAGGACACCAGCCUAUCGAAGAGUCGGUCGGCCGCAGCGAAGUGUCCUGCUGGUCAUCGAGACACCAUCCCAUUGGAAGAAUUCUACCGAUCGACGAGUCGGUCGGUCACAACGAAGGUUUCUGCUGAUCGAGGAAAGAUCAGUGGAACCGAGAUCCUUUCCCCUGGAAGAUUUUCCGCCGAUCAGCCAGGAGAUCGGCACCAGCGAGUUGUUCCCCUGGUCAACGAGGCGACCAGUCGAGGAAUCCCUGCAGAUCUGUGGACGAUUGGCACCAACGGUGACUUCUUUGCCGCCGGCAAAUACACCAUCCCGUCGAAGGAAUCCCGCCGAUUGACGAGUCAGUCGGUCCUGGUGAAGCAUCCUGCUGGUCAUCGAGGCGACCAGCUGAGGAGUUCCGUACCGGUCAACGAGAGAUCGGCAUCAACGGUGACAUUCUUACCGCCGGUGAGGACACCAGUGUAUCGAAGAGUCUGUCGGCCGCAGCGAAGCGUCCUGCUGGUCAUUGAGGCGACCAGCCGAGGAAUUCUGCUGGUCAGUAUACGACGAGCAUCAAGAGUGACAUCUUUGCCGCCGGCAAAAGCAUCCACGAGAAGAUUUCCAGCCGAUCACCGAGGUCAUCGGCCCAAGAAGAAGUGUUUCCUUGGUCAACGGGCGAGAGGAAUUACCGCCGGUCAGUGCAAGAUCGGCACUGGAUUUGUCAUUCUUGCCGCCGGCAAGACCACCAAGAAGACAAGGUUAUACCGGUCAGCGAGCCUUACGAUCGGUACCGUCAAAGCCUUCUGCUGA